AUGACUCCACUUAUAACAUUAGGGAGUAAAAAGACUUUAAACCAUCAAGACCUUCCUCUUCUUUCUGCCAAUGACACUGCCUAUGGAUCUUUUUCUACUUUUAGAAAUAGGCUUCAGUUGGAGUGUGGUAAUGUUAGGACUGUGACAACUAUUAAGCUCGUCAAGCUGCUCUUCUUAUCAACAUGGAAAGAGAUUCUUAUAUCUGGCUUAUUUGCAUUCUUGUACGUAUGUGCUACUUAUGUAGGACCCUACCUUAUUGAAAAUCUUGUUCAAUAUCUCAAUGAUGAAAACAAGGUUAAGAAUGAAGGCUAUGUUUUGGCUACAGCAUUUGUUGUGGCAAAGCUUGUUGAGUGUCUUUCGCAAAGGCACUGGAUGUUUAAGUUUCAACAGGUUGGUGUUAGGAUGCAAGCAAUGUUGGUGUCAAUGAUCUAUGCUAAAGGUUUGACACUGUCGGGUCAAUCAAAAGAGGGACAUAGCAGUGGCGGAAUCAUCAACUUAAUGACUGUUGAUGCUCAAAGGAUAGGUGAGUUUUGUUGGUAUAUGCACGAUAUAUGGAUGGCUGUUCUACAAAUUUCUCUGGCUUUGUUUAUUCUUCAUAGAAGUGUCGGGGUUGCUUCAGUGGCCGCUUUUGCUGCAACUGUUAUUGUGAUGUUGCUAAACCUUCCUGUGACUUCACUGCAAGAGAAGUUCCAAGCUAAGUUAAUGGAGUUCAAGGAUAAAAGAAUGAAGGCAACGUCUGAGGUUCUAAUGAACAUGAGGAUUCUCAAACUGCAAGCAUGGGAGAUGAAGUUCUUAUCAAAGAUUAUUCAGCUCAGGAAGUUAGAGGAGACAUGGCUAAAAAAAUUUCUUAUUGGUAAUGCAAUUGUUAGAUUUCUCUUCUUUAACGCACCGACGUUUGUUGCUGUGGUCACUUUCGGUGCUUGUGUUCUUCUAGGGAUUCCACUUGAAUCAGGAAAGAUCUUAUCCGCUCUUGCAACAUUUCGAAUUCUCCAAAUGCCUAUCUAUGGUCUUCCUGACACAAUUUCAAUGAUUGCACAAACCAAAGUUUCCCUCGAUAGGAUCGUCACUUUUCUUCGUCUAGAUGAUUUGCAGGCUGAUGUAGUGGAGAAGCUUCCGCGAGGUAGUUCUGAUAUAGCAAUUGGAAUAGUUGAUGGAAAUUUCUCUUGGGAUCUUUCCUCUGUCAAUACAACUUUGAAAAACAUAAACCUCAGAGUUAGUCAUGGUAUGAGGGUUGCUGUAUGUGGUACUGUUGGAUCAGGCAAGUCGAGUUUACUUUCUUGUAUAAUAGGUGAAAUACCAAAGAUAUCUGGUAACUUGAAGGUGUGUGGAACUAAGGCUUAUGUUGCUCAAUCACCAUGGAUUCAGAGUGGAAAGAUAGAAGAGAACAUACUGUUUGGAAGAGGGAUGGAUAGGGAAAAGUAUGAGAAGGUGCUAGAAGCAUGUUCGUUGAAGAAAGACCUAGAGGUUUUACCAUUUGGUGAUCAGACCAUUAUUGGAGAGAAGGGAAUUAAUUUGAGUGGUGGACAGAAGCAAAGAGUACAAAUAGCGCGUGCACUUUACCAAGAUGCCGAUAUAUAUCUUCUCGAUGAUCCCUUUAGUGCCGUUGAUGCUCAUACAGGAUCCCAUAUCUUUAAGGAGUGUUUGCUUGGCCUUUUGAAAACAAAAACUGUGAUCUACAUAACACAUCAAGUAGAGUUCUUACCUGACGCUGAUUUGAUACUUGUCAUGAAAGAAGGAAGGAUAACUCAAUCAGGAAAAUACAACGACAUUCUUACGUCAGGAACUGAUUUUAUGGAACUUGUAGGCGCACAUAGAGCAGCGUUGUCUUCAGUUAAAUCCUUAGAGAGAAGGCCUACGUUCAAAACAUCCGGAGAAGACACAAGUUCAUUAAGUGAUUUUGAACUUGAGCAAGAAAUCGAAAAUGUAGAUGAUCGAAACAGCAAGUUAGAUGAGACAAUUGUGUCGAAAGGCCAACUUGUUCAAGAGGAAGAACGUGAAAAAGGUAGUGUUGGGUUUAAAGUGUUUUGGAAAUACAUAACAACAGCUUAUGGAGGAGCUCUUGUACCUUUCCUAUUGCUUUCACAGAUACUCACUGUGGUUUUACAAAUCGCAAGCAAUUAUUGGAUGGCUUUGGCAACUCCUGUUUCCGCAACUGAAGAACCUGAUAUUGGAAACUUUACUCUGAUGGUUGUCUAUGUUUCUUUGGCUAUUGGAAGUUCCAUUGGCACCCUUGGCAGAGCCGUUCUUGCUGCGAUAGCUGGAUACAAGACCGCCACCAUGCUCUUCAAUCAAAUGCAUUUGAGCUUCAUUCGAGCGCCAAUGUCAUUUUUUGAUUCCACCCCAAGUGGAAGAAUUCUUAAUAGAGCCUCGUCAGACCAAAGUACAGUAGAUAUGAACAUCUCAAAUCUAGCAUGGGGUUUCACCUACAAUAUGGUUCAGCUAUUGGGAAGUAUUUCUGUGAUGUCUCAAGCAGCAUGGCAGGUGUUCAUAGUAUUGAUUCCUGUCAUGGCAGCUUGCAUUUGGUACCAGCGAUACUACUCAGCAUCAGCACGAGAAUUAGCACGAUUAACCGGUGUAUGCCAAGCACCAGUUAUACAACAUUUUUCUGAAACGAUAUCUGGAUCAACAACCAUAAGAAGUUUUGAGCAAGAAUCAAGAUUUACUGAAUUGAAUAUGCAAUUGAUAGACAAAUAUUCUCAACCUAAAUUAUACAGUGCUAGUGCAAUGGAAUGGUUGAGUUUCAGAUUGGAUCUUUUAUCCUCUACCAUAUUUGCCUUCUGCUUGGUUUUCUUGGUAUCUUUUCCAAGUUCAAUUGCUGAUCCUAGUAUUGCGGGAUUGGCUGUGACAUAUGGAAUUAAUCUAAAUGCUAUACAAACUAAUUUAAUUUGGUUUCUUUGCAACUUGGAGAACAAAAUUAUAUCUGUAGAAAGAAUACUUCAGUACACCUCCAUCCCAAGUGAAGCACCCCUUAUAAUAAAAGGCAAUCAACCAGAUCAUUCUUGGCCAUCAUCUGGAGAGGUUCAUAUCCAGGAUUUACAGGUUCAAUAUGCUCCUCACUUGCCUCUUGUUUUACGUGGACUAAAAUGCACUUUCACCGCUGGAGCAAAAACUGGCAUUGUCGGAAGAACUGGAAGUGGAAAGUCAACACUUGUGCAAGCACUUUUCAGACUUGUUGAACCUGUCGCAGGACAAAUAUUGAUAGAUAACAUCAACAUCUCAUUGAUUGGAAUCCAUGAUUUACGGUCCAGACUCAGCAUAAUUCCUCAGGAUCCAACAAUGUUUGAAGGGACUGUAAGAAGCAACCUCGACCCCCUGGAAGAAUACACAGAUGAACAAAUUUGGGAGGCUUUAGAUAUGUGCCAACUAGGAGAUGAAGUGAGGAAGAAAGAAGGAAAGCUCGACUCAACAGUUACUGAGAAUGGAGAAAACUGGAGCAUGGGUCAAAGACAGUUGGUUUGCCUCGGCCGUGUUUUACUUAAGAAAAGCAAGAUAUUAGUGCUUGAUGAAGCAACUGCAUCAGUUGAUACAGCAACAGAUAAUAUUAUUCAGCAGACGGUUAAGCAAUAUUUCUCUGAUUGCACGGUCAUUACCAUUGCUCAUAGAAUAACUUCAAUCCUUGAUAGCGAUAUGGUUCUGUUUCUCAGUGAAGGUCUUAUUGAGGAAUAUGAUUCACCAAAGAAGUUGCUUAAGGAUAAAUCUUCGUCUCUUGCUCAACUAGUUGCAGAAUACACAAGGAGAUCAAACACUGGUUUUGGAAGUUGA